AUGGCACACGAACUCCCACAACUCCCAUAUGCAUACAACGCACUUGAACCAUUCAUUUGCGAGGAGAUUAUGACAAUUCACCACACAAAGCACCACCAAACCUACGUCAACGCACUUAACGCUGCAGAGAAGAGUUUCGCUGAAGCACAAUCCGCUAAAGACGUAAAGUCACAAAUUGCACUCCAGGCUGCUCUUAAGUUCAACGGUGGUGGCCACAUCAACCACUCACUCUUCUGGAAGAACCUUGCACCAGCACAAUCAGCUGAAGCUAAGUACCCAGAAGGCAGUGCAUUCGCUAAGGCCGUCGAGCGUGACCUUGGUGGCUACGAAAACCUCAAGAAGGAAGUCACCGCUGCGACCCUCGGUAUCCAAGGCUCCGGUUGGGGUUGGUUAGCUCUCAACUCUAAGAACAAGCGUCUUGAAGUUAUCACCACCGCUAACCAAGACCCUGUCACCCCUCCACAUGUCCCACUUUUCGGUAUUGACAUUUGGGAACACGCUUUCUACCUCCAAUACAAGAACGUCAAGCCAGACUACCUUAACGCCAUCUUUAAUGUCAUUAACUGGGCUGAAACCGCUAAGCGUUACGAUGAUGCUACUAAGUAA